AUGAUGGACUCAGCGCAAAAAUUGAGGUCGCGUGCCAUUGUGACAGUUGACUGUAAGAAGAAGAAGGAGAUAAUGAGGGGAAAUUGGGCAUUCUCCUGCUUGAAAAAAAGUUUUUUGUUCAGUUUGAUUGAGGCGCGCUUUUUUUCCGAGCCAUUUUGUUAUGCCCAAUCUUGUACGACACUUUUUUUUCCAAAAAAUGAAUUUUAUUCUGUCAUCUGUCACCCUUAUUGGGACUAUGAUCAAUGGAAAGAGACUCUAGAAUGGGAAAAUCUCGAAAAGCCUCCUCUUUUAAAAGAAAAUGGAUCUUUGGUAAUCCCAAAGGAAUCAUCUGCUCAUGGAUUUACCUGCACUGCCGAUUAUGGUAUCGAAAUCCAAGGGACAGCUCUUAUAGGUAGGCAAAAUUGUUUUUAUUGGGUAACCCAUAAAUUUUUAUCUAGGGAAGGAACUGCUGUUCAAUUGCAUUGUGAAGUAGUGGGUGAACCGAGGCCAACUGUCAAUUGGUUCUACAAAAGACAGCCAAUUGUAAACUCGAGGAAGUACACGCUGACAAAUGCAAAUUCAAUAUUGAAAAUAUACCCGUUUCUGGAGUCGGAUUCAUCAACUGAUUCAUCCAAAUUCAUUCCUUCUCCUUCCAGCGUUCCUCCAAACAUUUACGAUGGACCAUCGCCUCAAACGGUUCGGUUAGGACAACAGGUCACUUUCGCCUGUCGAGCUCGGGGAGUUCCAAGACCCUCCAUCUCAUGGUUCUUUGAGGGUUCGGUCAUACCGCAUAUUAAAGGACGUUUCAUGGUUUCAGAUGACCAGAGUGAGUUGACAAUCACGAGAGUAACCCGACAAGAUGAAGGAGUUUACUCAUGUAUGGCCGGAAACAGUGUUGGUGCCAUGAUGGCUGACGCUAAACUUACCGUCGAAGGUGACUUCGGUCGCACUGUUGAUACGUUUAUUGACGAUUCAGUGUUAAGAAAUAUCGCUGGGCAAGCUAGGGAAAAUGUCAAUAGAGCGAUAAACCAUACUCGUACCGUACUCACAAAAGAAAUGUCGGACCCAGAAGAUCUUAAAAAUAUGUUCCGAUUCUCUAUCCCUGCACAGGCUGUAGAACUAAGCAAAGCGCGCGAUAUUUAUGAGGAAAGCAUCCGACUAGUUCAAGAGCACAUACGUAAAGGACUUCGUCUUCCUGUGGAUAAACUGACACCGGAUGCAAAUGUGUCUUAUGAGGCAGUGCUGGCUCCAUCACAUGUGCAAACCCUUAUGGAACUUUCUGGAUGCCAAUCGGGGCAAUUCAAAUCUUCCUGUACGGAUAUGUGCUUCCAUAGCAAGUACAGUAUCCCAAAUGCCCCUGAUUCGACUUUUUACACCAGUAGGAUGGGAGAAAGGACAUGUAAGCAUACAUCAAUCUUCCCGGGACCGCCUUCUCUAGCAUCAUUUCAGGUUUCCCGCGCAGUUGUGUCUACAGCUACCGUAACUCCGCAUUCGUUCUUGACCGCUAUGGUUAUGCAGUGGGGACAAUUUAUAGAUCAUGACAUUACCCAUACACCUCCGGCUGUGUCACGUCAAAGCUAUGCUUCUGGUGCUGUUUGCAAUAGAACAUGUGAUAAUCUGGAUCCAUGCUUCAACAUCCCGCUCACUUCGAGUGAUCCCAAAUUGCAUACUGGACGGUAA